GUAUAAUUGGAAUGGGCGCAUAUAUCUAUUAUCAAGCAAAACGUCGCAAAAAUAUGGAGAAAUUUGCUAUGAACGCUCUAUCAGUUGACCGACUGUAAUAUUUAGUAUAUUUAUUCGCCUACCGGCUGUGUUAGCUUCCAGAAUAAAAUGCUUAAGUUGAAGUUAGAGGCUUUGGAGCAUCCAACUCCUGAUAAACUAAACUGGAACGAUCGCAAAGUUUUUGCCAGUACUAUUCUAUGGUUGGAAGACCAGAAAAUUCGCACAUAUAAAAUUGAAGAUCGAGAGAAUCUUCGUAAAGUGGAUGAUUUGUCUAAGUGGGAACCUGCUUAUACUCAAUAUAAGAAAGAUUUGGGUAUGCCGAGCUUCAAAACUCCAGUGGAGGAACUGUCUUGGAUCCUUAGCUAUGCCAUACGUUUAGAAUUUCUCGAUGCACCAGACGCUUAUAAAGACUUGAGUUCGGAAAAAGUGGCAGAGCAAAGUAAUAAAUCAAUAAAACCAAGCAUUAAGAAUGAGAACUUUUUCGACAAUAUGGAUUUCCAACACAAGGACUUUAUAGCUGGCGUUAGAUCGUUAUCAUCAAAGCUGAAAAUACCAAACCAUCCCAAUCAUUUACUCCAAUUAGAAGCUAUCGCACGAAUAGUAAAAGAACGAAUGGCCCCUGGUGUGAGAAAUCGGCCACCCAUUGUUGGAACUCCUUUCCCUUUCGAAAAGGGUAAUGAUAUAGUCUCACCCAAUGAUACGAAUCUCGAUUAUCCUGUAAGAAUUUUACGAUUGCUGCAAAUUCAAAGUUUACGAGAACUUCAAACGCACAUUAACGAGACUAUAGUUGCUGUACAAAAUGUCACUGCAAAUCCCAAGACGGAUACGAAAUUGGGUAAAGUGGGUUUCUAAGAAGUCUUGGCAGUCUUAUGUGCGACCGCAUAUCAAGCUAUUGCAGCAUUAUACAAUAUAUAAAAAAUAUAUGUUUAAAGAGUA